AUGCCUUCCGUCCAAAGCUUGUGUCUGCAUGCUCUUGCUUGGAAAGCUUCCGACAUUUCGUUGAGUUUGCUCGCUGUUUCUCCUGGGACAUUGAAGGCAGGCCAAAGCCCAGAAAGUAUGGAGGUGCUGGGUGGCGAGCCCGUCAAAGUUGAAGCGUACGCAUCGUCGCCAGAAGCCAAAGUUGGUGGAAGCCCAACGCUCUCGCCAACCACACCCGUCGACUUGGAACUACCGGUGAAGCUUCGCCUUGACCAUUCCUUUUUGCAAAUGGCACAGUAUGACGAAGACGAGGAGUUGGAGGAGCCACGAGAGCAGUCUCCAACUCCGGCGGACAGCUUGCCGGAGCCAUCGCAGGACUGGAUUUUCAAUUUCGCCCCGGGUGCUGAGUGGUUUCCAGACGUCUGGAAUUCCCCAAUGACCGACUCUUGGGAGCCCUGGUUCUCACCCAAGAUGGACUCACCCUACGCAGAUGAGCAGUUUGAGGUUGCCCUCGCGGCGACUCCUCCGGACUACAUCAGCCAGGGCUCAGCCUUGCAUGGAACAGGUGCAUGCCGUCCAUGCGCAUGGUACUGGAAGCCUGGCAGCUGCCAAAACAAGGAGAACUGCAGCUAUUGCCAUUUAUGCCCUGAAGGCGAGUUGAAAGCAAGAAAGAAAGCAAAGGUUGCGAUGAUGCGCUUGGGCGUCAUAACUCCCAAGGCCAAAGAGCAGACAGGGGAAGUUCUGAAUUUGUCAUCAUUGGUGUGA